UGUUAAACCAACACAUGAGCUGGUCACAGUGACCGAAAGCGCUGAGUCCGGCGGUCAGAGCUGUGUGUGUGUGUGUGUGUGUGUCACUCUUGAUCUGAGACGGCAGCAUGAGGACGAGUCUGCUCCUGCUGGUGUGUGUGGGCUUCGUGCACGGUCUGGGCAGGGUCUCAUUAAGCCGCUUGCCUUCAGUUCGUAGUCGACUGCGAGCCGCUGAGCAGCUGAAUGAGUUCCUGCGUGAGCACCAGCCAGACGUCUUCUCGCGGCGCUAUGCCCAGUGUUACCCAGCCACACAACACUACCUUCGUAUGGGGGGCAGAUCCACAGAGAGACUCUACAACUUCAUGGACGCCCAGUUCUUCGGUCAGAUCAGUCUGGGCAAACCAGAGCAGAAUUUCACGGUGGUGUUUGAUACGGGCUCCACUGACCUCUGGGUGCCAUCAUCUUACUGCGUGAGCCAAGCAUGCGCGAUGCAUCACAAGUUCAAGGCCUUUGAAUCGAGCACAUAUGCGCAUGAUGGACGGGUUUUUGGCAUCCAUUACGGCUCUGGGCACCUGCUGGGAGUGAUGGCCAGAGAAGAGUUAAAGGUGGGCUCUGUGACGGUCCAGAACCAGGUGUUUGGAGAGGCUGUGUACGAGCCCGGUUUUGCCUUUGUCCUGGCUCAGUUUGAUGGGGUUCUGGGUCUGGGUUUCCCUCAGCUGGCAGAGGAGCUGGGCUCGCCUGUGUUUGACACUAUGAUAGCACAGGGAUUGCUGGAUGAACCUGUCUUCUCCUUCUAUCUCAAGAACAAUGGCUCUAGUUUUGGAGGGGAGGUGGUGUUUGGAGGUGUGGAUGAAACCCGGUUCGUUUCUCCCAUCAACUGGAUUGCAGUCACUCAGAAGGGAUACUGGCAGAUCCGAUUAGAUGUUGUGAAGGUUCAGGGAGCCCUGAGGUUCUGCUAUCGUGGUCCUCAAGGCUGUCAAGCUGUACUGGACACGGGAACUUCUCUAAUUGGCGGCCCAGCCAGAGACAUCCUGCUCCUCCAGCAGUUUAUUGGAGCAACACCGACCGCUGUUGGAGAGUUCCUGGUAGACUGUGUCAGGAUCAGCAGUCUUCCUGUAGUGUCCUUCCAGAUCAAUAAUGUGGAGUAUUCUCUCACUGGAGAACAGUAUAUCAGGAGGGUGAGGACCACACAACAACCGUUUCAGCAUUUCAAUCCCUCCAAUUUAAGGAGACACUGAACAAUAAGGAGAUCUGCUUCAGUGGCUUUCAGUCCAUAGAUGUGCCAUCUUCAGCCGGACCCAUCUGGAUUCUAGGAGACGUUUUCCUCUCUCAGUUUUACAGCAUCUACGACCGAGGUCACAAUCGAGUGGGAUUGGCUCAUCUUUCAGAAAACUCACAAAUCUCUGUGUAGACCACAUCUCAUCUCUGAAUGUGCUGCUGGAUGCAGAAGAUGAU